GAGAAAGGUCUGAUGACCUCAAAUCGAACUGCACCACAAACGAGAAGUAAACGAUAUAUUAGACAAAUGUAUACGUCUAUUCAUUAUCCUUCGGUUGUUCAUAGUGCAAUAGAGAAGAUAGUUAUCAGAGUUAAUUCUACUUCCACUCCGAAGCUCGGUAGAAUCGAUAAUGAACUUAAUAAGAAACUUAACGAAGAAGUUAAUGCGGGGUUUGACAAAUCAAUAACGAAACUUACCGAGGAAAUCUCUAAAAUCAAUUUGGCUAUGCUUCUGAGGUGCAGAGAAUUUCAUCGAUGGUCAAUAAUAUCGAAGAAGCCUGCCGUAAUGAUUUUGGCAGAAUUAGAUCUCUAG